GAUAAACGAGUUAACCGGGAGCGCGCAGUGGUUACAUAGUGAACACAUACGAUUACUGCAUGCGCCUCCUAGUCUCCUGCUUGCUACUAUCAAAGACUGCUGGUGGCCUCUCGGAGGCACUAAUUUAGCAAAGCGAGUGGUACGCACCUGUGUAACCUGCAUUCGCAUGAAGGCGAAGACGUUCGCGCCUAUUAUGGACCCAAACGACCUUUCCGCAUUAACUCCAGCUCAUUUCCUUAUUGGCCGACCGCUGACAGCGCCGCCCUGCAGGGACUUGACGGCAGAGACGGGCCGGCUCCCACGCUACGAGAUGCUGGAGAAAAUGAGACAACACUUUUGGCAGCGGUGGUCGAAACAAUAUAUUUCUGAGCUGCAGACCAGAACGAAGUGGCAGACGCAUGGCCAGGAUAUCGUUCAGAACUCCUUAGUUCUGGUCAAGGAAGAUAACCUACCACCCCUCAAAUGGCGUUUGGGACGGGUGGUAGCUCUGUUCACAGGACACGACGGAGUCUCUCGCGUCGCUGACGUGAAAACAGCGAGCGGGAUCAUACGCAGGGCUUUCACCAAGCUUUGCCCUCUCUUGAUGACGCCAGAGAGUGAAGCUGCGCCAGCCCCAUCCACAUCACCACAACCACAUUGAAAGCGGGUGCUUUCAAGGCCGGGGGCAUGUUCGCGAGCCUAACGCCAUCUAGCGGGCAUCCCAAGAAGAGGCGGAGUUUCCAAGCACGGCCGCGCGGGGGCGCGGCGACAGCCUCUACCACUUUACCAUCUUACACGGCAAGGCACACAAGCCGCUCUCGCGAUUUUUGCCAAUUUUUAUAUAAAGUCGCCAUACUA